CUUUCCUAUCCUGCAUUUCUUAAAAUUAUUCUGUGGGCAAAUGUAGAAGUCACUGUGAUGUGACACCUAAGGGAUGUAGUCCUGGCAAAUGAAAUCCACUUUUGCCCAACAACUUGGCUUCUUUCAUAGAUUUCAUAAAUUUCAUAGGCAUUAGGGCUGGAAGGCACUUUGAUUCACUCCCUGUAAAAACUAAGUGGCAUAACUGAUGGAGAAAUGGGGGGCUUUUUAUUCUUUUUAUUUAUUUUUAGGGAAAUAAAAAACCUUGUUUCUUUUUGAAACCCCAUGAAGGUCUUUUUUAUUCCUCUAAUGCCCUUGUGUUUCAAGAGGCCUUCCUGAGACACAUUUGGGUCACAAAGCCAGGCCUCCAGCCACAGCAGGGGAGAUGGUCUGAACCAAGCUUUCUUUGUUGGAUGAAAAGAAGCAAGCAGAACUGGUUAGCUGGGUUCCUCUUAAGAAGAAAUAUCCUAUGAGGCCUCUUCACAUGCCCUUGAGAAGCACAUCAGGAUACAGGCCCCAUUGGGCAUGCCCCGAUGAGUGUGCGCAUGCAGGGGCUUGUGUUUGCUGCGGCAAAAAUAACAGCAGCACAAAUUCAUGUCACUGCUUUUUGCCACUGUGCACAUCCCUGCAUGUGGGGUUUGGUGGGGGGCAAAAUGCCCCACUUCAGGGAAAUGUCUGUUUCCCCACUUCUCCCAACUCCUGUGCUGGAGGAGCUGGUGGACAACUAGAAGAGGGGUCAUGGGUCAGCAUCCAGAGCAUCUCCCUGGAGGACCCAGCUUCUGUGUCUGCUGACGCACACUUCUGGAGCAUGUGCCACGCUAGGUUUUUUUUGCGGUGUUUUGGGGUUUUUUUGACCACGGGAUCUCCCAGUGAAUGGUUGCAGUUGCAACACAUGUGGUUUGCAGUGCUUUAAACUGCUUUGAGGUGCCGCAAACUGCACGUGCAUGCUUGUCUGGAUGCAUCCAGUUAUUCUUUCCUCUUUGGGGAAUGACCCCUUUUUUGGACUGAAACUCCAGACAGACUUGGCAGCUGAAAGGCUGGGUGCUGCAAUGCUAGGUCUGGUAUUCCACCCACCCGGCUGAAUACUAUUCUAGUGGGGGGGUGGGUCUCUCCUGUGGGGUGGGAGAUGUAGAUGUGAGUCCUUUCAGGCUGAGGUGGAUCUACAACCCAAGUUUCCUAUUUCUUUGGUAACUUCCACAACCAUUCAGCACCACCCCCAGUGGUAUCAGUUUGGGGAUGGGAACCUGAUUUCAAAUGUGGGUACUCUACCCACCCAAAAAUCAAGCCCUUUUAAUGAAUCUCUCCAAAAAAUUGAUACCACCCCCCCCCAAAAAAAAAUUCCCAGUUAAUUUUUAAAAAUAAAGGUUUAAAAUGCGGAAUUGAGCACCUAAAUAAGACAGAAAUUUGACGGGACAGAUGGUCUUGAAUUGUGAGACUGUCCAGUGUUACCCAAGGCAAGUGUUCCUCUGCUUGAAAGGACAGAAGCUAUCUAACAGUGAGACUCCUGCCAAAAAUUGCUCCCUGAUAAACUGGGAAUGAGAACAACUGGAGGAUCUAAAUUCUGGAAGAUGUCUCUUAUAGUGCAGGAUUCACACUCUUCUUGGGGCUUUAUACUUUUAAACAGAAGCAAAUAUAUGUGCAUAUCGCCAGCAUUUCCAGCUGGCUGUAUAAUCUGAACGGGAGAGAGCCAUGAGAAGAAAUAAAUGAAGGGAAGUGCCAGCCCUGCCCCAGCCCUGCCCCAGUUACUGUCCUUUGCACAAGUCUCCUCAGUUGUCGUUCUCAUCCCGACAGACUGCAGAGUAACCUCUGUGCUUUGCUCCAGGCCACUGGGAAUGGACAUGGCUGCAGAACAGGUGGUGCAGAUGCUGGUGACCUUCAAGGAGGCAGCUGUGCAUUUCACUGAAGAACAGUGGAAUUUGCUGGACCCUGAUCAGAGAUCCCUCUAUACGGAUGUCAUUCAGGAGAUUUAUGAGAUGGUGGUUUCACUGGGUUCCCUCUCCCCCAGCACAGAGAAUGAUCCCCCUCUGGAUGCUCUCUCAGUCCCAGCAGGUUAUUGGAUGGCAAGUGAGAAUGAGGAGGAGAGUCCCCAGCAAAAAGGUCCUGAGCAACUGGAACCACAUGGGAUGUUAUGGGAAAGAGACAAAGGGGAUGACUCUCUGGCAUGUGCAGAUCAGUACAGGACAGAGAGGCAGCAGAGAAGCCAUCCAGCAAAGAGACUGGCUCAUUCUGACACUAAUGGGAAAGAACACAAAAACCUCAAUGUCGAGACACAGCCAAGGGUGUGCUUGGGACAGGGGCAAUAUGUGUGCACUGAGUGUGAGAGAACCUUCAGCAGGGGCUCCUCCCUCAGUAGACACCUGAGAACCCACACGGGAGAGAAACCCUAUCAGUGCCCUGAGUGUGAGAAAAGCUUGACUUCCAAAUCAAGCCUCGUGGUCCAUCAGAGAACCCACUCUGGGGAGCGACCCUUUGUAUGCCCCGACUGCAGGAAAUGCUUCAUAUCAAAAAAGUCCUUAAAAAAGCAUCUUAAAAUUCAUAAGGCAAAGAGCCGCCACCAGUGCCCCGACUGCAGGAAAAGCUUCACAGACAGUUCCUCCUAUGAUAUUCAUCGGUUGGUUCACCUGGGACAGCUACCCUACCAGUGCCUGGAGUGUGGGAAAGUCUUCCUUGAACGUUCGUCUCUGAACCAGCAUUGGCAGAAACAUGCAGAACAGACAUCUUAUCCGUGCCCUGAAUGUGGGGAAAGCUACAGUGCUCACUCAGCCCUGGUCACGCACAGGAGAACUCAUGGGGUCUGCAAGCCCCAUGAGUGCCCCAACUGUGGGAGAGGCUUCAAGGAGAAUGCAACCCUUGUUAAACAUAUAAGGAUCCACACUGGGGAGAAACCUUAUCAGUGUCCUGAUUGUGGAAGGAACUUCCGGGUCAAAUCAACCCUUACCAUCCAUCGGAGACUCCACACGGGAGAGAGACCCUAUCAAUGCCCUGAGUGUGAGAAGGCCUUCAUCUCCAGCACAGGCCUAACAAAACACCAGAGAAUGCAUCUGAAAAAGUGAUCAUUUAGCAGCCUUCACUCUGGCAGGCCAAAGUUUGCUUGCUCCAACAAGUAUCUUCACGUAUGCAUCCAAGAACCAGCAAGAGAUGACCCCAAGCUGGCUGGUGACCCUACAUCCAGCUGUGCCUAGCAUAAGGACCCAGGCAGAAGAGAUGCACUGCAACCAGUUCCAUGCCACAGGUCAUCCGGGUUCUUCUGUCUCCUGACAACUUACUGGGGGAACAGAGACAGUACCAUUAGCUCUGUCUCCCUGGAGUGGGAUCACCAUCCUUCCCAUGUCCUCCUUCCCAUCCAUGGAGACUUAGAGAAGAAAAUAAGGUUCAGGGUUUGCACUUGCUCAGUAGUAACCUUGGACCAGAAGAGACUGCCCACACCAUCAUAUCCAGUUUUCACACCAUCAUAUCCAGUUUUCUGUCACCUGAAGCAAACUCAGAAAUGAAUGCCUGGAAAUAUUGGGAACUGCUGUAAUAGAUAUUAAGGCAAUAAAAGCUAAAAAAAAUCCA